AUGGUUAUUAUUUCAUCAAAUUUACAAGAUGAAUCGAUUUUAAUACGAAUUAAUUGUCGAACGAAUUUAUUUUUUACCGAGGAUAAUGAUGAUGAAUUUAGUGCAUUUCGAGUUCUUUUAAUCGAUAGUGGUUAUCAUUUAAAUUCUCCAUUAAAUAUUUAUUUAACACGUGAUUCUGUUUAUUCACAAGAUGAAAAAUAUUCUAUAAAUGAUGUGACCAUUGAUAAUCUACUUGAAACAAAUGAGAAUGAGAAAAAAGACAAAAAUGAUGCAUAUCGACGUAUAUAUCCAUGGCAAAUAAUAACAGGAAAAUUAAUGCGAUAUACAACAGGUGAUGAAUCUUGUUAUACACCAGUCAUUGAAAAGUGCAAUACAAAAAAACAAGGACAAAAUCUUCCACUUGAACUUGAUCUACUUAUUUCUGUUGAACGAUCAGCUACAAUAGCUGAUGUACGUCGACAACUUGAAGAACAACUUGCACAGCAAUUAGAUAUACUUGAAGAUAGUAUUACUAAUCGAAUAAAAAAUCAAAAUAACAAGACAUUCCGACAUUAUUAUAUCAAAUCAAUCAAUCAAAUAGUUACAUUUUUAGAUGGUGAUACUGAUAAAGUUCGAAAGGAACUUCAAGUUAAAUAUCCUCAAUUAUCAAUGAAUCAACCAUUUAUCUCAAUGGAUUUUGAUGGCCAAUUACCAGCGUUGACGAAUGGUGGACGACUUUUUGAUGUUCAUAAAAAUCUUCCAUCAAAAGUGAAAGGUGGUGAACAAACAUUAGUUAAUGGACAUUACGCAUAUUAUCAUUAUAUGCAGGAUAAUUUUGAUGAUAAUAUGUGGGGUUGUGCUUAUCGAUCAUUGCAAACUCUUUGUUCAUGGUUUGUUUUACAAGGAUAUACAACGAAAUCAGUACCAACACAUACACAAAUUCAACAAACUCUUAUUGAUAUCGAAGAUAAACCAAAGAAAUUUUUAAAUUCUCGUCAAUGGAUUGGUAGUAUGGAAGUCUCAUUUGUUUUACAAAAUUAUUUAGAUGUUGAAUGUAAAAUUAUUCGAGUUGAACGUGGAGCUGAUAUGAUCGAACAUGUACGUGAACUUAUUAAUCAUUUUAACAAAGAAGGAACUCCAAUUAUGAUUGGUGGUGGUGUUUUAGCUCAUACAAUAUUAGGUGUUGAUUUUAAUGAAUCAACAGGUGAUUCUAUGUUACUUGUUCUUGAUCCACAUUAUACAGGAGUAGAUGAUAUUAAAACUAUUCAAGAUAAAGGUUGGGUUGGCUGGAAACCUUGGUCAUUUUGGUCAAAGGAUGCUUUUUAUAAUCUUUGUUGUCCCUUACGACCAAAAUUGACUUCUGCGUAA